UGCGGGGGUGCGAGUGUAUGUGACUGAGGGUGUUUAGCAAGAAUGAUGUCCGACGCGUUGCUCCAGGACUGGGAGAGGGCGUGGGGGAGGGGUCUCCAAGGAUUUUUAGGGGAAAGGGGUCAUGUCCCCUCCCAGGGAUGCCAGGGUUUGAGAGAGGGUACAUGGUCUAGGGAAGCUGGGGCCUGGGUACACUCGAAUCCACGCUACCUUUGUCUUGGGGUGUGGAGUGUGUUGAGCGACUUAUACAUUGCUUUUUGCUUUGUAGCUGAAUGUGUGGCCUUGGCGAGGACUUCUACCGGGAGGCCAUCGAGCACUGUCGCAGCUACAACGCGCGCCUGUGUGCCGAGCGCAGCCUGCGCCUGCCUUUCCUCGACUCGCAGACCGGAGUGGCCCAGAACAACUGCUACAUCUGGAUGGAGAAGACCCACCGCGGGCCUGGUUUGGCCCCGGGACAGAUCUACACUUACCCCGCCCGCUGUUGGAGGAAGAAACGGAGACUCAACAUCCUGGAGGACCCCAGGCUCCGGCCCUGCGAGUACAAGAUCGAUUGUGAGGCACCUCUGAAGAAGGAGGGUGGCCUCCCGGAAGGGCCAGUCCUCGAGGCUCUGCUGUGUGCUGAGACUGGAGAGAAGAAAGUGGAGCUGAAGGAGGAGGAGACCAUCAUGGACUGUCAGAAACAGCAGUUGCUGGAGUUUCCGCAUGAUCUCGAGGUAGAAGACUUGGAGGAAGACAUUCCCAGGAGGAAGAACAGGGCAAGAGGAAAGGCAUAUGGCAUUGGAGGUCUCCGCAAACGCCAGGACACCGCAUCCCUGGAGGACCGAGACAAGCCGUACGUCUGUGAUAUCUGUGGGAAGAGAUAUAAGAACCGGCCAGGACUCAGCUACCAUUACACCCACACCCACCUGGCUGAGGAGGAGGGGGAGGAGCACACUGAACGCCACGCCCUGCCUUUCCACCGGAAAAACAACCAUAAACAGUUUUACAAAGAAUUGGCCUGGGUCCCCGAGGCACAGAGGAAACACACAGCCAAGAAAGCACCAGAUGGCACUGUCAUCCCCAAUGGCUACUGUGACUUUUGCCUGGGGGGCUCCAAGAAGACUGGGUGUCCCGAGGACCUCAUCUCCUGUGCGGACUGUGGGCGAUCAGGACAUCCCUCGUGUUUACAGUUCACGGUGAACAUGACCGCGGCUGUGCGGACCUACCGCUGGCAGUGCAUUGAAUGCAAGUCCUGCAGCCUGUGUGGCACCUCGGAGAAUGACGGUGCCAGCUGGGCGGGUCUCACCCCCCAGGACCAGCUGCUGUUCUGUGAUGACUGCGAUCGAGGUUACCACAUGUACUGCCUGAGCCCUCCCAUGGCGGAGCCCCCGGAAGGGAGCUGGAGCUGCCACCUCUGUCUCCGGCACUUGAAGGAAAAGGCCUCUGCUUACAUCACCCUGACCUAGGCCCGGCUCUGCUUCCCCAGGAUCUUUGGGUGGUGCUAUCUCCUGCCUCUUGGAGCUCCUGGCGCUCCCCACCCGGUGUCCCCAGUGGAAGGGAUGGGGUGAAGCCCAGAGUGGGGGGGGGCAAGGUGUUCUCCCUCUGCAAGUGGAAUGUUACCCUGUGGGUGGCUGGGUCCAACAGGGUCCCUCCUGUCCCCCCUCUUCAUCCCUUGACAAAUGGGCACCAGGCUUCUGCUCUCCUCAAAGCCAUACCCCCGCCUUUGGGCGGGCAUAGAGGGGUAGUGGAUGCUAGCCAGCAGCACGGAAAGAGCCUUUUUCUAAAGAAAAAGACAAAACGUGGAAAAAAAAGGGAAAAAAAUUAAUAUAUACAAAGAGUCCUAUAAAGCCUGGCUGGGUGGAGAGGCACUGUUGAGUGUCUGCUGGGGACCUGACUUUACCAGUUUCCUGAAUGGCGCCUCCCCACCUCAUUUCUGGAGUUGCAAUGGUCUCAACUCCCAUCUGAGGUGGGUACCACCCCUUCCUCAGUACCCACCGUGGAUACUGCAUGUGAACUAUGGUUUUGAACUCUUCCUCCUCCUCCUUGAGAGCCCCGCCCUGCGCCCGCGUGGUGCCUGCCUGCCAGGCCUGGGGCGUGCAGCCGGGGAGGCGGGUGGGGUGAGGCAGGCAGGCAGCCAGCCCCCUGCAGUGAGAAGCACAGAUUGCAAUGGACUCAGUUUUUUUUUUUUUUUUUUUUUUUUUUCCUUUCUCCCUUCCCACCCCUUUCCUUCCCUACCCAGCCAGGCUGGGCUGCCUCCUGCCCCCCUCGCUAGCCAUUUGGGGGUGGCAAGGGGGUGUGGUUGUUUCUCGUGGUUGUGUGUGUUUGUUGUUCGGGUUUUUAAAAGGGGAAAUUGAGACUGCAAGUGGGGGAGGUGGAGGGUCUGGGGGAGUCUGCCCCCAAUCCAGGAGUACCCCCCUUGCCACCAAGUCUCCUUUAUUGCCUGCCUCUGCUGUGAAUUAACUUGUUCUGUGUAUUAAACUGGGCCUGACCCCUCUGCCCACAACUGC